AAAAGCGAAGUCCAUUCCUGUGGCUCCCAAAAAAUGGUAGCGUCACGGCUACAACCACCGUUUUUGAACCCAUUCUUCUCUUCAAAUUCUUAUUCUUCUCACCCUCUUCCUUCACCAUCAAGACCCACAUUUCUGGCGCUGUCUGCCAACCCUCAAGAGACUUCAGAACCAGCCAAAGACCGCCAGAAAGUGGUGAGAAUCGCCUGGGAGAAGCUGGUCCGCUGGUCCCGUUCUUGGCGUUCCAAGGCCAAGACCGAUGUGCUUGAGCGCACCAACAAGGUGGUGGUCCUUGGAGGUGGAUCAUUUGGUACGGCAAUGGCUGCCCAUGUUGCAGCUCGAAAGGCUCAAUUGGAAGUUAACAUGCUUGUACGCAAUUCUCAAGUUUGUCAAUCUAUUAAUGAGAACCACUGUAAUUGUAAGUAUUUCCCAGAACACAAGCUACCAGAAAAUGUAAUUGCAACAACUGAUGCCAGAGCUGCUUUGCUCGGUGCGGACUAUUGUCUUCAUGCUGUACCUGUGCAGUUCAGCUCGUCUUUUCUUGAAGGCAUUGCAGACUCUGUUGAUCCAACCUUGCCAUUCAUAUCCCUUAGCAAAGGCUUGGAGCUCAAUACAUUCAGGAUGAUGUCUCAGAUUAUUCCCCAAGCUCUGGGGAAUCCUCGACAACCUUUUAUUGCACUAUCAGGACCUUCGUUUGCAUUGGAAUUGAUGAAUAAAUUACCAACAGCAAUGGUUGUGGCAUCAAAAGACAAGAAACUUGCAAAUGCCACUCAGCAGCUACUAGCUUCUAGUCAUCUAAGAAUUAGCACAUCAAGUGAUGUUACAGGGGUGGAAAUUGCAGGUGCACUCAAGAAUGUACUUGCAAUAGCAGCUGGUAUUGUGGAGGGGAUGAAUCUUGGUAAUAAUUCUAUGGCAGCUCUUGUUGCACAAGGUUGUUCCGAGAUAAGAUGGUUAGCGACAAAGAUGGGGGCCAAAUCAACAACAAUUAUGGGUCUAUCAGGAACUGGGGACAUUAUGCUUACAUGUUUUGUGAAUUUAUCAAGAAACAAAACGGUUGGAAUUCGUCUGGGAUCGGGAGAGAAGCUUGAUGACAUACUGGGUUCCAUGAAUCAGGUAGCUGAAGGUGUAUCAACAGCUGGUGCUGUGAUUGCAUUGGCCCAAAAAUACAAUGUUAAGAUGCCAGUUUUAACAGCAGUUGCUCGGAUUAUUGACAAUGAACUAACCCCAAAAAAGGCUGUGCUUGAGUUGAUGAACCUACCUCAGGUUGAAGAAGUGUGAAACCUCAGGCCUGAAAAUAAUAUGAAAACCCUUCUGGGGGGACUGAAGUUCUAUAGUUAGGUACCAAAAUCUUCACUCAACUCAAUUUAUUCCGUGAAUGAAUCCCCUUGAAUGUCAAGAUCUAGUCACAGUUUCAAGUCUACUUUUCUUGUAAACCAUUUCCAGUACCAUUCUCUCCUAAAUUUUUCAGGGAGAUUUUGUCAGUCAGGUACUACAUCUUAAAAUUCAUGAAGGUAAGAAAAUUGCAAGAGUGAAUGUGUCAAAGUAGUAAAACAAUGAAAUGCUGAGUAUAGAUGCCAGUGUUGUCAUUGAUUUCAAUUGAUAUUUCUUUGCUGUUGAUUCA